ACGCCGUUUGAUAACCACGCGACGAAAACCCACAUUGUUCUCGGCGGCUGUGCAGGUGUUGAGCCGCGAGCCAUGACAUCCGCCGCAACAUUCCGCGACUGUUUCAGAAACGUGGACGGUAUCGUUGUACCCGUGUUCUUCGAAGAAGAGAACGUCAGGGAGGCCCUGAACUACGAGGCACGUCCGGGAGAUGUCUUCAUCGCGACCUACCCAAAAUGCGGUACGACCUGGCUGCAGUACAUCGUCUGGUGCCUCUACAACAUGGACAGGUUGGACGGCGGCGUUCCGAGCGUGUACGACAUGAUCCAGACUAUCGUACCGUUUAUCGACAGGGUAGGUACAGCUCCAGUACUAUCGAGAGCCCCACCCCGCUGCAUGAAGACCCAUUUUUCGCGGGACGACGUACCCUAUCACCCAGACGCCAAAUACGUGGUCGCCGUCCGCAAUCCUUUCGACAGCCUCGUAUCAUUCUACCACUUCUGCAAGGCUACGCACGAGAAGCACAUCUCCGCUCUGGACUUCGACGAAUUCUUCGAUUGUUACAUAGCUGGAGACAUGUACUGGGGCUCUUAUUUCGACCACGUCAUGUCCUGGUACAAGCACCGGCACGACCCCAACGUCUGCUUCCUGUACUACGAGGAACUCCUGGAAGAUCCCGCGGGUCACGUGUUGAAAGUCGCAGACUUCCUGGAACCUUCCGGUCUUGGAUGCCGUCUGCGAGCCGAUCCCGGACUUCUGGCGAAGGUGGUGGACCUCACGUCGUUCCAUAAUCUGAAGAAGGCUGCGUACGAGGCUAAGCCCGACGUGGACGUUGCAAAGUUGGGCUGGAAGAGCAGUCAUUUUCGCAAAGGAGUCGUCGGCGAUUGGAGAAACCAGUUUACUCAGGAACAGCAAGUUCGACUGAGGCGUGUCUUUGAAGAGAAGUUAGCCGGAACUGAGAUGAAGCAGGUCUUCGAGAGAUAUUUGGACAGAGUGGAUGAUUGAUUAGUUGAUAAAAAUGUGGUCCGAUAGGGCAAGACAAUGGAAGAUCCAGAACCAAUGUCUUUUCUUGACGUUCUCUUUCUUUUCUUUUUUUUACUCAUGGGGCAUGAGAGGGGGGAAGUUUUUUUGCACAGGAACAGUAAAUUACACCCUUGUUUUAAAAAAAAAUUGUAGAGGGGGUUUUCACUCCUCCUUUAACAACAAGUUGCCACACUGGUCCCUUCCAUCGAGAUUUCUGCAUCGCGAGGCCGGUAAUAAAAUUCAAGAUGCAUUCUUUGGCGAGCAUGCACACAGGUUGCUUCAGUACGCGAAUUCUGUUCAGUCUGUUAAUCUCGACCAUACAAGUAAGAUACGUGUCACAUAAAGCACUAAUGGGCAUGCGGGAGUUCUUUUAUCAAGAUAACAUACGUGUGCUCGUUGUCUUUGCCUUGAGGCUAUCGCGAACUGCAUACAAGGACACUAUAGUGUAACCUUCACCCUCUUGGACGAAUGCAACAACUGCUGUGCGACAGCUCCCCAUCAAGGCGUAUGCACGGGUGCUCCGAACAUUCGGUCGGACGAUCAUGGAUUUCCGUAAGGCCAUCAUAGAAAUCGAAGGUAUUUUGCUACCUAACAAUUUUAAUCCGGAGAAAUUGAAGGAAGCGAUCAGCUACAAGGCAGGUCCAGGUGACAUCUUCUUGGCGACGUACCCGAAGUGCGGUACCACGUGGAUGCAGUACAUCGCGUGGUUCUUGUGCAACCUCGACGGGCUCAAUCAGCACGUCCCGCACGUUAAUGAUGUGAUGAACAAGUUCGUGCCUUACAUCGACAGGGAGGGCACCUCUCCUUUGAAGUCCCUUUCGCCGCGACGCUGUAUGAAGACACACCUGCCGCGACACCUGGUGCCAUAUCACCCAGACGCAAAGUACAUCUUCACAGUGCGCCACCCCUUCGACUGCCUCACGUCCUACUAUCACUUCUGUCGUGCCUUCUAUGGCACUUACUACUCGCCCGUCUCUUUCGACGACUUCUUCGAGUGUUUCUUGUCCGGACAAGUGUAUUACAACGACUACUUCGACCACGUCGUGCAAUGGUACCAUCAUCGCCACGACCCUAACGUCUGUUUCGUGUACUACGAAUCUCUUCUCGAAGAUCCCUCGGGAGAGAUACUGAAGAUUGCGGAAUUCUUGGACCCGCUGAGUGCGGGACAGCGUCUUCGUGCCAGUCCUGGACUCCUGGCCAAAGUCGUCGAUGUGACGUCGUUUCGGAAGCUCAGUGUUGAAGCUCAAAAGGGUGAACCGCGAGGGGAGAGGAGCUACUUUCGUAAAGGGGUUAUCGGUGAUUGGAGAAACUGGUUCGGCAGUCAACAUGAAAAGAGGCUGCGGGAAGUCUUUGAGAGUAGGUUUGCGGGCACCGAAUUGAUAUCUGUUUUUGGUAGGUUUAUAAACCGUUGAGUCUUUUGUACAGUGCUGGACAAAAGUUUGCGGAACGCGCUUCGGCGCAUUCCUUCUGUCAUGUGACACGCCAGCAGCGGUCGGGACCGUACGGACUUCCGGACGUGCGCCCUGGUACCCCAGUCACCUGUUUGUAAGUCCGUAGGUACCCUUCACUGCCAGCGUGUCACUGAGGGAGGUAUGUGCCGGAGCGUGUUCCAUAAACUUAUUUCCAGCACUGUAUAAAGGCAGGGCGGCAAAUUUAGACACACAAUAUCCCGAAAUUCCAAGCUCAGUGAAGCGGAGAGGACGAGAUAGGAGACGCCUCUAAGGGCGACACCAAGUGGGAAGGGAUUUCGCUGGGGCCGCGUAGACGCAGUUUUAAAAUGUUCAGAGUAUAUAGUUGAAAAUGAGUGUUUGAUGUACGUUACUUGUUACGUUAUUGUAUUGCACUGAAGGAUAAAUAAAAUUUCACGGUCUCUGCUGA